AAUAAUAUAAAGUAUAUAAAAACAUGUUACAAUAUUUAUCUAUAUCUUUUUUGUCUUAUGAAUGUAGAGUUUAACCUUUGAUUAAUUAGUUUGUUUCUGCAGAUAAUGAUUGGGGGGGUUGAAGGCUUGAGUGGUCCUUAUGUUUCAUACCAUCCCAACAAUUCAACACAAGAUUCAUCAAACAAUUCAAGAAAACAAUAUUAUAUAAAUAAAUUUGCUUCAAUACAAAAAUGGUCUUUCUUUGAUAUGCUAUAUGAUUUCAAUGACAUGUGAUAGUAAUAAUAAUAAUAAUAAUAUUCAUUCUCAUCAUUGGAAUUUGGAGUUUAGAAAAGUUUUGAGGAGGAAGUGAGUGAGAAAAUUAAAAGAAAACAAAAAUGGGUUCUGUUGGAGGAGAAGAAGUAAUUCAAGAAGCUGCAACAGAUCAUGAAGAGAGAAUUCUUGUUUCUGUUCGUCUUCGUCCUCUUAAUGAUAAAGAGAUUUCAAGAAAUGAUGUAUCUGAUUGGGAAUGUAUAAAUGAUACUACCAUUAUAUACAGGAAUAAUAUUUCAGCUUCUGAAAGAUCUCUUUAUCCAACAGCAUAUUCAUUUGACAGAGUAUUUAGAUCAGAUUGUUCUACAAGGGAGGUGUAUGAUGAAGCAGCUAAGGAUGUUGCUCUUUCUGUUGUCAGUGGCAUCAAUUCAAGCAUUUUUGCAUAUGGACAAACAAGCAGUGGAAAGACAUACACCAUGAGUGGUAUAACUGAAUGCACUGUUGCUGAUAUUUUUAACUAUAUAGACAAGCACAAGGAGAGAGAAUUCAUUUUGAAGUUUUCAGCAAUUGAGAUUUAUAAUGAAUCUGUAAGGGAUCUCCUUAGUCCAGAUUGUACUCCUCUUAGACUUCUUGAUGAUCCAGAGAGAGGGACAGUUGUUGAGAAACUUACUGAUGAAACUUUGAGAGACUGGAACCAUUUUGCAGAACUCAUUUCUUUCUGUGAAACUCAAAGGCAAAUAGGAGAGACAUCAUUGAAUGAUGCAAGCUCUAGAUCUCAUCAGAUUCUCAGACUGACAGUUGAAAGUUCAGCAUGUGAAUUCCUUGGAAAUGAAAAAUGUAGCACUCUUUCUGCUUCAGUGAAUUUUAUUGAUCUUGCUGGAAGUGAGAGAGCAUCUCAAACCAAUUCUGCUGGUACAAGGUUGAAAGAAGGUUGCCACAUAAAUCGUAGUUUACUAACUCUAGGAACUGUUAUCCGAAAACUCAGUAAGGGAAAAAAUGGACAUAUACCUUUCCGAGAUUCGAAGCUAACUCGCAUAUUGCAAUCGUCAUUAGGAGGCAAUGCUAGAACUGCAAUAAUCUGCACAAUGAGUCCUGCAAGGAGCCAUGUUGAACAAACAAGAAACACUCUCUUAUUUGCAAGUUGUGCUAAAGAAGUUUCAACUAAUGCACAAGUGAAUGUAGUGGUGUCUGAUAAAGCAUUAGUCAAACAAUUACAAAAGGAGUUGGCUAAACUUGAAAGUGAAUUGAGAAAUUCAGGAUCAACCCGUCCUAAUUAUGAUUCUGCAGCAGCAUUAUUGAGAGAGAAAGACCAUGAAAUUGAAAUGUUAAAAAAGGAGUUAAAGGAGGUUACCUUGCAGAGGGACCUUGCACACGUUCAAAUUAAGGACAUGCUCCAAGAAACUGAAAAUAACAUGCCUAAUUUAAUAGAAGAGGAGAGUUUAGGAUCUCGGUAUCCAAAAUUGCGGGUAAGAAAUGCAUGGGACAUCGAGAAUCGAAGAUCGGAACCGAACAUUUUAAGUAUUGACCGUGAGGAAAGUGUUAGGUCCUUUGAUGCAUCUCACUAUUCAGAUGGACAUAGUAUUAGUUCUGAUGACAAUUUGUUCCAACUACCUGACCUUGACAAGAAUCUUAUGGUCAGAAAUUCUUCAUCUGGACUAUCUGUUAAAAGCAUUAAUGCUGCACAAAAUGAUUUGGAUAAAAAGAACAUUGAAGAUCAACAUGAAGAGGACUAUUGUAGAGAAGUUAGGUGCAUUGAGUUAGAAGAUCCUAUAAAAAAUACACAUACACAUUCAAACUCAGAAGAUUUAAGAUCAAACAAUACAUAUACUGAUUCUAGUGUAUCAUCUCCUCAUGCAAAGACAGCUAUGUCAGGAAUAAAUGUGAAUUUGUGUUCAUCUGAGUUAAAGGAAGAGAAAAGAAUGAACCGUUUGCGCGAAUAUUUCGUUCUUCCAACGCCGGAGAAUAUUUCACCUUGGAUGACAGAAAACAACAAUAGAAGUAGUAGUUCUAGUUCUAGAUCAUUGAAGUUUAGCAGAAGUAGAAGCUGUAAAGCUAGUCUCAUGAGGAAUAUAUCUUCUGAUUGGUUUGAUGAUGAUGAUGUAGUUCAGAACACACCUCUAAUAGGGAAUGAAAAAGACUUUGCUGGAAGACCUGAAGGAUUUCUGAGAAAGGCUCAUACAUUAAAUUAUAAUGCAAAUGCAGAGAGGACUUCAAAGAAUGCGAAGCCGUUCGUCGACGAGGAAAGUGAGAGCAAUGAUCUUUUAACUACAAACAGAAAGGAAACAGAAAAUCUUAAGAGAUUGAAUUUACUGGCUGAUCAUGAGGUUCAUGGGAUAGGAUUAGAUGCCAUAAUGUCUGCAAAGAAUGUCAAAGAUAUUGGUUUGGACCCAAUGCAAGCUGAUGGAGAAAAUAAUUCAGAUUGGCCUUCAAAAUUUAAGAGGCUACAAAAGGAUAUUAUUGAACUUUGGGAUGCUUGUAAUGUUUCAUUGGUUCAUAGGACAUACUUUUUCCUUCUCUUCAAAGGGGAUCCAUCAGAUUCUAUUUAUAUGGAGGUAGAGCUAAGAAGACUAUCAUAUCUUAAUCAAACUUUUUCACAAGGCAAUAACACUCUAGGAGAUGGAAGAACCAAUACCCCUGAGUCAAGCAUGGGAGAUCUAAGAAGAGAGAGACAAAUGUUGUGCAAGCAAAUGCAGAAGAAGCUAUCAAAAUCUGAUAGAGAGAAUUUAUAUUUGAAAUGGGGGAUUCGUUUGAGUUCAAAGCAUAGGAGGUUGCAGUUGACUCAUCAGCUAUGGACUAACACAAACGACAUAGAACAUAUUAGAGAGAGUGCAGCUGUUGUUGCAAAGUUGGUUGGUCCAAUUGAGCCAGAACAGGCUCUUAAGGAAAUGUUUGGGCUCAACUUUGCCCCACGGCUCACAAGUAGGAAAUCUUUUAGUUGGACUUGGACAAACAGCAUGAAGCAGAUUUUGUGAGUUUAGAAUUUGGAUUAUUUUUGGUGAAUGCUCGUCCACCUCCGUCUUCAAAUAUAUUACUGGAAAUUAGGAUUCAGUAGUAUAUUUUUUUCACUACCAGAAACUAGAUUCGGUAAAAGACUGCAAAAAUUUAGAGUUGGGUGAACAUUCACCUUAUUUUUAAAUAGUUUGAUACCGGGAGCAAUUUAUCCACUUACAAUUCUAAAUUGUCAUAUGUGUUUUUAAAAGUGUACUUUUAGACUAUAUAUUUAGUCUAAGUGUACUUUUAGACACCACAAAAUCUGAAGUGAUAUUUGAGUGUAGAAAGUUUCUCCCUUAAUAUGACAAUGUUAAAAAAUUUGGGAGGUUUUAUAUGUAAUAACACGAUUCUCCCCUGUUCCAUAUUGUGAUUUUUUGUUGUAAUUUUUAAGGUGACUUUUAGAAUGGUCAAGUUACUUAAUUUGUGUAUGGUGGAGAAGUUGUGACCUAUAUAGUUGUCACAUAACUUUAUUGAUUUAUGAAUUAGCUCCUCAAA